CUGCACAGCCAUGAAUGAAGAAGCAGAAUAAUAAAAUCUCAUCCUUUUGUUUAUCUCUUCUAUCUAUCUGCAGAGUCGUCUCCUCCCUCCCAACAAAUUCCAUCCUAAAACCUCUCCCAAUCCCCUCCAAUGGCGGCCGCGACCUCCUUCGCCACGAUCGCCAUCGCGCGCCCGGCGGCGGCGGCGCAGAAAGCGCUCCUCGCAUCGAGACCCUCCUCGUCGCUCCUCUCCCUUCGCGGCGCGUCUCCGGCAACCCCCGUAGCCGUCGCCGGUGGCUCCCACAGCCGCGCGCGCUUCGUUACCUCCGCCAGCGCGGAACCCAAGGCAGCCGAGCUUCAAUCCAAGGUUACAAACAAGGUGUACUUUGACAUAAGCAUUGGGAACCCUGUUGGAAAGAACGUUGGCAGGAUCGUCAUUGGGUUGUAUGGGGAUGAUGUUCCACAGACCGUUGAGAACUUCCGUGCUCUUUGCACCGGAGAGAAAGGGUUUGGAUACAAGGGAUCAAGUUUCCACCGUGUCAUCAAGGACUUCAUGAUUCAGGGAGGAGACUUUGACAAGGGCAACGGUACUGGAGGGAAAAGCAUAUACGGCCGCACCUUUAAGGAUGAGAACUUCAAAUUGGUUCAUACUGGACCUGGAGUGCUCAGCAUGGCUAACGCUGGACCGAACACCAACGGGAGCCAAUUUUUCAUCUGCACCGUCAAGACACCGUGGCUGGAUGGGAGGCACGUGGUCUUUGGCCAGGUUCUUGAAGGCUUAGACAUCGUAAGUAUGAUAGAGUCGUCGGAGACUGACAGAGGGGACCGUCCAAAGAAGAAGGUUGUCAUCAGUGAGUGCGGGGAGCUUCCAGUGGUCUGAGCAUUUGAUGGCUACCAUCUUCCUUUUGUGCUUCUACGUUACGCUGUGAACUUGUCGGACUUUCUGCUAGUACUUAGGGACGGCGCUGAGUUGAAGCCAAGAUCUCUAAUCUGAGGCAUGCUGUGUUGGGCUGGAAUAAAUUUCCAUGUUUUCUUUGACCUGUUGAGGGUAGAAAUGCCUUUUUGUGACAUAAGCUUUGAAAUUCUCCGUGCAUUUUUUACGUGGAUCAAUAAAAUUUCCAUCAUCUGUGAUGCUGGUUAACCA